GCGUGGUUUUUCCCCAAGCGCAUUUUCUUUUGCGCAGGCGCGCUUCUUCUUCGGCGGGUUUCAUGCGAGCCCGGCGUUCAGUCGUGCGGGCGGCGGCCGCGGAGCCAUGACGCGCCUUCUCCUUCUCCUCCUCCUCUGGCUGCUGCGUUGGGAGGCCGGGUCCUCCUCCUGCCCUGUUGAGAGCUUCCAGUGCCACAAGGGGGGCCGUGUGCCGCUGUGCCUGGGCCAGGAGAGGCAGAUCAGCUGCCAAGACGACACAGACGGUUGUCAGCAGCUGGGAAGCAUCUGCAGGAAUCACACCUGUCGGUGCGGCCACAGCAGCGGGCCCUGCCUGCCCUUUGAGCGGUUUUGCGACAAGCGCCCGGAUUGCCCAGACGGUUCGGAUGAGGCCGAGUCUCUUUGCGCAUCCUCGCUGGGCCCUCUCAAGGAGGAUGACUGCGAAAGCGACGAGUUCCGAUGCUACCCAGGGGCCGAGUGCUACCCCCUGUCUUUCAAGUGCGACGGCCAUCCAGACUGUGAAGACGGAGGCGACGAAGAAGGCUGCGGUGCGGAUUUGCUGCCAGAGGCCCCACAGAUAACCCCCACAGGCACCAGCACACCCCCAGAAGCCCUGGCCUUGGACCCUUUGACCAUCACUGCCAUUGUCGCACUCCUGAUCACCGUGGUGGUGGUGGCAGCGGUCACCCUGUGGGCCUCCAGAAAAGGCAAGCCUCUCCUCUCCCCCAAAGCAGCCUUUAAGCAGCUAGUCCUCGUGGAGCACCCUUGAGACUGGCCUGCCGGCCAGUCUCCUUUUGGGGUGUCCGUGGAGAUUCUCAAGCGUCCAAGUCAAACAUUUCGCUUCGCGUCCAGGAAGCUUCUUCAGUUCUACGGAGGCUCUGAGUCACCCAGGUCACGAUUGUCCCAGAGGUGUUUUUUCAAGAGGUCACUGGGCUUCCUUUGUUUUUCCUCGAAGACGCUUCACUUCUUGUCCAAGAAGCUUCAUCGGUUCUGACCGAACGAUGGAGAAAAUCGUAAAUCCUCCCAUCCUCCAGCAUUCUUUCAGAACGGAAGAAGCCUCUUGGAUGAGAAGCGAAACAUCUUCAAGGGAAAAAAAACAAAGAAAGUCCAGUGGCCUUUUGGAAAGGCCUCCCCCGUCUGCUCUCUUCAUUCUUCUCCUGAUAAUCCUUUUCGGCCAGAGUGCAAGCCCUUUGAGGAGUCUAAAGCAGCGGUUUUCAACCUGUGGCUCGUGACCCCAUUUGGGGUCGAUCGACCAUUACACGGGGGUCGCCAAGCAAGGCUGUCCGCCAUAUUUUUUCCCCUUUUCCAG